AUGCCUGUUCGCUUCUGCACCUUAUUCGUUUCGCUCGAACGGCAGUGCUCAUUGCCUCUACACUCGCGAAACUUUUCAACCCUGUCAGUACCGGCAAUGACGACUGCUUCGACCUCAACCAACGACCACGCCGCGACGGCCCCGCAAUUGCCCCCGAUGCAACUCUCCGGCGCCCUAGACACGACGGCGUGUACCACUUACGAUGGCGCUUUGUUCCGAUGUCGUGUCUGUCACGACACCAACAAGUCAAGAUGAGUCUGAACUAUGGUGUGGGUCUCAACGCGCGGUUGGAGGCGGGUCUGGUCAGGUCUGGUCUUCGACGGUUGCCUGCCGCGCACGCAUUGGCAGGACGCGCGCUGUUCCUAUGUGCUCCUUAUCUAUGGGCCGCCGUUUGGGCAACAAAUGGAUCUGCGCGCCCGGGGCCUCCGCGCGCAAGAAAUAUGGAUAUGCGCGCGCCGCCGAACGCUUCUGCGCGCCCGCGACUCGUCUAGACUCGUCUCCGGUCGUUCAUGCGCGAGUCACACGCAACCUCACGCGCGACACUCGCGCGGACUCGCGCGGCCGCCUUCUUCCACACACACCGUGGCACCGCCCCCACGUCAACCUUGUCCAAAUAUUCCCCGCUUUCAUAACGACUCUGUUUCACUCAACAGCCUUCAAAUGGCAUCAUGAGAAAAUUAGAAGGCAUCAUUCCGACUUGGGAGAGGGACUCGGAGUUGGCCGCCAAGGGUGCAGGUACGUUGCAAGCUGGGAGCUCUUUGUCGAGUCUUUGAGCCCUCCUGCUUCAGGCUGGAUCAGACUUCCAGUGCUGAUGUUUGAUAUACGAUUCUGCUGCUGCAUACCAAGACUCUUGGCCAGGAGCACCGGCGCAGGAUUUGUCAGGCCUCCCCGACAAAUAA